AUGGCAGACGACCACAGCGGCACCGAGUCUCAUGUGACGAUUCAGCGGCGGACUCACUACUCACCACCAUGGGCAGAUGUCAGCAUCAUUGGCAUUGCUGGCAGUUCCGGCUCUGGAAAGUCAACUCUGUCGCAUGCCAUUGUGAGAAAGCUGAAUCUGCCCUGGGUGGUGAUUUUGUCCAUGGACUCUUUCUACAACCCCCUGAGUCCUGAGGAGUCAAAGAGGGCUUUUGACAACGACUUUGACUUUGACGCGCCGAAUGUAAGAUAUACACCGAUUACUGCUGGCAUGCAUAUUGACCAAAUUCAGGCGAUUGACUUUGAUGUUCUUGUACAAUGUUUGCGCGAUCUGAAGGCUGGGCUGGACAACACCACAACCAUCUACUCACCUCACGUCAUCAUCCUGGAGGGAAUCUUUGCCCUCCAUGACCCCCGUAUUAUUGAUCUUCUGGAUAUGAGGUUCGUCGAGCCGCAGCGCAAGGUCGCAGACAUCAUCGUGCCGAGAGGUAUCGAGAACCGCGUUGCCAUGGCCAUGGUUGUUCAGUACAUUGAGCGCAAGUUGAUCGAAAAGUCAACCCACCACCGGGCAGCACUCACACAAUUGGAACUGGCGGCUGCCAGCGACCCUCUGUCCGACAGAGUCGUGAUUCUAGAUCAGUCACCGCAACUGAGAGGCAUGAGCACCAUCAUUCAGGAUAUCGAUACCUCUGCGGAAGACUUUAUCUUCUACUUUGACCGCCUCGCGUGUCUUCUGAUCGAGCAGGCACUCAACAAUGUGCAAUUCAGAGAAAAGACAAUUGCCACGCCCCAAGGGUACAAGUACAACGGACUCCAAGCUACGGGCGAUGUAAGUGCGGUGCUGGUCCUCCGUGGCGGUGCCGCCUUCGAGACGGCCUUGAAGAGGGUCGUCCCCGACAUGCGGACAGGCAGAAUCCUGAUCCAGUCCAACGUACGGACGGGAGAGCCCGAGCUGCAUUAUCUCAAGCUUCCGGAUAACAUCGACUCCCACGAGUCGGUCUUGUUGAUCGACACGCAGAUGGCCAGCGGAGGCGCCGCGCUCAUGGCCGUGCAAGUCCUCGUCGACCACGGCGUCGCUCAGGACAAGAUUGUGCUGGCGUGCUAUGCUGCCGGAAGACUGGGCGUGCACCGCCUUGCAAAGGUGUUUCCUGGUAUCACCAUUGUUCUGUGCAAUAUGCUUGCGGAUAUUGAGGACCGCUGGGUUGAGAAGAAGUACUUCCGAUGCUAG